UGUUCAGCUGGAAGUUGUAUUCCGGAAGUCCCUUGCACAUUGGCUGUGCCACAGGGUCUCUAGCCUUCCCCCUCGCCACCACCAAUCCAAAAGUCUUGUGUGAGCGAUUCUCAGUCCAUUCACUCUCCUGCGGGGGAGACGGAGACGGACGGGGGGAGAGAGAGAGAGGGAGGGAGGGAGAGGGAGGGAGGGAGAGAGAGAGAGAGAGAGAGAGAGAGAGGUGGGUGUUGGAUUUAUAAUAAGAGGGAAGAUUGAUGAAUUUAGCAGCGAAGGGGACUGUGUGCAUCUCCGUGCCUGACAAAGCCGUCAGCCCCAUUUAAGUAGAAGCCGGACGAGCCCAGGAGGCGAUCAGAGCUGCUCGGUAAGGCCGUUCCCCCUCCAGCUCCAACACAGCCAGAGCGAGCAGGAGGUGGUCAUGUCCGGGUCGAGGAGGUCUCGCUGGUAUUUCGGAGGCUUGGCAUCUUGCGGGGCAGCGUGUUGCACGCACCCCCUGGACCUCCUGAAGGUCCACCUCCAGACCCAGCAGGAAGUGAAGAUGAGGAUGACCGGGAUGGCGGUCCGUGUCGUUCAGAAUGAUGGGAUCCUGGCACUCUACAACGGCCUGAGCGCCUCCCUCUUCCGCCAGUGGGAUUUGAACCUGUGUCCCUGUAGCAUUUCCUCGGGUCUCUGGGUCACUAGCCCAUUGACAUUUGCCAGAGACCAGCAUCUCCUGCCUCUAUCAUUGCUGCUGGAUUUGGAGUGGGAAUUAUACUGUGGUGGGGGUUGUGGGGGUGGGGUGUGGAAUAGCUGUGUCCUAGCUGAGCGACCACUGUCCCUUCACACCCCUCCCAGGCACAAGGAGCCUGCAGAGAUUGGGGGGCAUUUUGGUAAAGUCUGUAACUCCUCUGUUCCUCUCUUUGGCAGGAUGCAGAAUGAUGUGAAACUCCCGGCGGCGCUCCGGAGCAACUACAAACAUGCAGUGGAUGGGCUUUACCGAGUCCUACAGGAAGAAGGCAUUCGGAAGCUGUUCUCUGGAGCAACCAUGGCAUCGUCUCGUGGGGCCUUGGUUACAGUUGGGCAGCUCGCCUGUUAUGAUCAAGCAAAACAACUGGUCCUGAAUACUGGCUUCCUGUCAGACAACAUUGUCGCCCACUUCCUGUCCAGUUUUAUCGCUGGUGGCUGUGCCACAUUUCUGUGCCAACCACUGGAUGUUCUAAAGACCAGACUGAUGAACUCGAAAGGGGAAUAUCGGGGUCUCUGGCACUGUAUCAUUGAGACAGCUCGAUUGGGUCCACUCGGUUUUUACAAGGGUUUAGUUCCAGCUGGAAUCCGGCUCGUCCCUCAUACAGUCCUGACUUUCGUCUUCCUGGAACAGUUGAGGAAUCGCUUUGGAUUUCUGGUACAGACGUGACCAACUGAUCACCAGGCCUAUCCCUCAUCGACCAACUUUGCUCUCGAAUGACCAACCUUUCACUGGAAUCUAUUAAAUCCCAUCAAUCUUCCCACUGCCCAGGUCCCACACCCACUGCCUGGAGACACAGGGCCUAGUGAAUGUGUUAUUGAACAUGUUGUCUUUACUGUCAUGUGUCAGGACUCACUGUCCUGUCAAGGGUGGGCACAGACCCCCUGAAAACUGGCAACAAACCUUAAAUCACUAGCCUCCUGCUGUAGAAGGUCUGAGUGCCUUAAGUGCGAAGAGGUCCACUCCUCUGAGUGAACCCUUCCCAUUCCUUGUUAGAAAAUCUCACUUUUUGGUGAUUUAGUUUUUACUGGCUGUGUUCAUGUUGUUUAUCUGGGUGAUGGGCAUCAUUGAUGGAGGUUCUAGAAUGAUCUGCACCUAUUGCCACGCCAACCCCAUUGAGCUGGAUGGGCACGUCAAUAGCCCUCCUGGCACCAAGACCGCACUGGCAGAGGGUAUGGUGGGGUGCUCACUCACGCAUUCUGCCUCCCGCAGUCAACCGACCAUGAUGUGUCAGGCCAGGGAGCUCCAGGACUGAAUCAAAGUUAACAUUUCGAGUCCGGUUCUACACCGUACCCAUUCUGACAAGCUGUCCCAUGAGACCUGAAAUAUUAGCUGUUUCUCUCUCCGUCCAUGAUGGCAGUCCUGGCGAGUUUCUCCAGCGAACUUGUGGUUGAUGUUGAAUUGCCCCAACCCUCUGCAAUAAACCGUCCAGCACGACACAGUGAUGAAGGGCAACUGGGGCUAGGGAAAGCUGCUAAUGUUACCCACAUCCUGCGACAAAACUAAAAAGCAAUCCAUCAAAAGCCAGCCUUGUUUUGAACAUUUGAAUUAAAUCUCAUGACUCCCCCCACCCCGUUUUGUUUUCUGUCCAAUCUCACUAUAGAACUGAACACUGCUCUUCCAGAUAACCUAAUAGUGUGUUGAGUGAUUAGAAAUUGAAGAGUCAAACUAGGGUUUGUGUUCCGGGUUUGGGGGAGUGGGGUGUGAGACUUGAAUCCAAAACCUUCAGACCCUGAGGCAAAGACAAGUGUUAAAGAAAGUACCAGGAGGUCCCUCCAAUCAGGUGGUUUGUGAAGGAGAGUAAUUUUAAUCGCAGUUUUUUGGAAAUUAAUGUACGGCGUUUUAUUGAUAUGUAUUAGCACAAUACCGAGUGGAUCAAAGUUGAAUGACAGACUUGGAGAUGUUGCAUUCCUAAUUUAUAACUGGAUUGAACAAAGGGCCGGGGCACAAUAUUGGUGUAAGUUACGAUGAUGUUUAACAAUAAACUCGCUGCUCAAAUUGAAA